AUGACAGACGUCCCGCCGCCCUUGAAUGCACUAGUUGCUGCUGCUCGUCAGCAGCACAAUCAUCACCACCCUCUGUCGACUCAGCCUUUUUCUGUACCUCCCACAGUUUCGCGACGACAAACACAACCGCCCAUCGAUGACGGCGUUGAAGAGGACGAUGGAGAGAUUAUCUGUAUUUGUGGUAUGCGCCACGACGACGGCUUCUCGGUGCAAUGCGAAACAUGCAAUAACUGGCAACACAUGAUUUGUUACUAUCCUACUGAAGCAGAUCGUCCUGGCGAGCACCAAAAGCACUACUGUUUCGACUGUCAACCGCGUUGGCUUGAUGCAGACCAAGCCAAGGAGAGACAGAAAAAACAAAUACAGCGACAAGCUCUCGACUCGCGACGACCCGGUCCAAAACAUCGUAAAAAGCAGAAGGAGUCGCCAGCCGCCGUCAACGGCUCCCUGCUACAAGGUCGCGAUCGCAAGAGUGCCAGUCCACGCGACCAACCACCUCCUGCCAAACGCCCAAAGACAGGUCAUCGCCCCUCUGCAGCUGCCAACCACGCCCCCACUGGUCGAAAGCGAAACGGUACGAUAACCGCAGCCCGCAGUCCGUCACCGGAUUCGUCAAGACCCAUCAUACCAUGGUACUCAGAAGAAUUCCUCCGACUGUACUCUCAAGUCUCUUCACAUGUCGAGACAGAAACAAAUCUCAUGAACAACAUUGCCGUUACAAACUCAUUAUCUGAGUGGUUGAAGAAUCCGGUCGUUGUCGAGAAAGACACAAACGGACUCAGUCAGAAUGACAUCUUUCUCCGAUGGGAUGGACCGUUCGAAGAUAUGCCAGGUCGACCCGAGGUUGCCUUGCAUUGGGAGGCAGAUUCAAAUUUCACCGAUCAGGCUGAGCCUCCAAAAUGGCCCUGCUUGACGGUUGAACAGGACAUAUCGAAGCGCACCUUCAUUGGCGAGCUUCGUGGACACAUCGGGUACAAGGAGGAAUACAUGAACGACCCUGAAAGUCGUUGGUCAUCGCUGCGCCAUGCCGAACCUUUCGUCUUCUUCCAUCCUCAACUUCCCAUUUACAUCGACGCCCGUCAAGAGGGCACCAUGUUCCGCUACGUUCGCCGCAGCUGUCGACCAAAUACGGAGAUCCAGACUAUCAUCACCGACGGUACCAACUACCAUUUCUGUUUCAUGGCCACACAGGAUCUUCAGUCUGGCGAGGAGAUUACCGUCGCUUGGCAGACAGACGACACCAUCAAGGCAAUGUAUGCCGAAAGAGGUGUUGUGCACGGCGACGUACCUGCAGACAUCAAAUAUGCUAUCGCCAUGUGGGUGUCUAAUGUACUCGCCAAUUGUGGUCCUUGCGCAUGUAACGGCGAAGGUUGUUUGAUGGCAAGAUUCGAUCGACGUGGUCAACCUCAGCCUAUCGAGCCCGCCGAGACAGCUACUGCCCCCGUCAAAGUUCCCAAAGCUCGUCGCAAGAAGACGACCAACAACCUCUCGCCUGCUGAUCCCAACCGCAACAGCCACAGUCGCUCUGGAAGUGAGGCUCGAAAAGUCGAAGUCGAUGAUGAUAUGACAGAUACUCGAUCUGUGUCUGGUUCUCUCCGAGGCUCAGCCAGUCGAGACAUCACUCCUGGCACACAUUACUCAGCUGUUGUACCCGAGAUGUCCGAACGUGAAAAGAAGAAGCUUAUGCGCGAGGAAGAAAUGUUUCGACGACAAGAGGAGGAAAGUGGUCGACAGAAAAAGAAACGUCACAGUGGUGCCACCCCUUUGCUACCACAGAGCAGUUCUUCAAAACAGCAAUCUUCAGAACCUUCUUCUUCACGUCGCGGUACUAUUUCCAAGCGGCCAUCAAAACCUGUGAAGUCAGGCAAGCAGUCUUCCGACAUUCCCAAGCCGGUCUAUGUCGAUUCCUCGGUUCAAUGCGACAUGGACAACGAUGAUCCCCCUGGACCGCCAAUGCCGACGCCACCAAAGAAGAAGCAGUAUUUGUCAGUGACGCAACGCCUGCUUCGAAGGUGUGCCUCGAACAACCUCAAGCGAAAGGCCGAGAGCGAGACACCUGAAGAUGUACGCACCAACGGAGUUCAUCCGGACGAAAACAUGGACCUCGACCAUGCCGAACAAAGCCCGAAAAGUGUUGGUGCCGCUUCAGAAGCCACUCCACUGUCGCCUGUGUCCAUCAAACACGCCGACGUUGAUAUGACCGAGGCUACACAAGCACGCCCUGCUUCAUUGUCACCCGCCUUUGGUCCAGUGGACGCCGAUAUGCAGGACAUUGAUCAUGAGCCUAAUCGUGCUACACCUCCCAACGACCAAGAGCCUGGAUCGUCAUACAGCUCAGCAAGUCCUUCCACAAUAAAACCAGGCGUUCCCUCACAUCCGCCCAUGGAUCCACCACCACCACCAUGGCCACAAAAAGAAGCACCCAGUAUUGGUGAGGUGCAUCCUGCCUCUCCAGAGUUCAAACCUGCCCACCCCGAGAUGCAUAUAACCAUGCCUCCGUCGUUGAAUUCUGCAACUUCACCCUCACUGGGUACGCAGUCGUCCGCAACCACAACGCCUGGUCUGUCCAAUAUACCCCUCUUCUCGCCAUCCGUCUCUGCGGCAGUCAAUCCUAGUCCUGCUAGGAAAAAGUUGAGUUUGAGCGACUACACCAAACGCAACAAAGUGCACCAGCCAAGAGACAUCUCUCCUGCUGCCAGUCUGACAGAUAGUGUAUCAGCCAAAGACAAAGAGAGCAUCUUGAAUGGAGUCGCCGUCACCGACUCUCCAGCAUCGGAGCAGGCAAUGGAUGCAACAGCGCCACCGAUGGGAAGCCAAGAUUCAGUAAUACCACCAGCUUGA